GAAUAUGCAAUUCAGUUGAGUGUGCAGGAGACGUGCAAACAGCCAGCCUCAGUACAAACACCACGCUUACAGACAACAACAAGUGACACAUAUUUCAAAAUCAUUACUGCCAUUGAGAAAGGAGCUCUCCAAGUUCACAGCUGCCUUCAGCGAGGUGGACGGGUCUGGGUGUUUGCCUCUUCACAAGGCCGCCAUCCAGCCCAAUCUCCGGGUGCUGUGGACAGUGCUGAAUGGUGAGACCAGUGCAUUCCCACAUUGUAACAAAUCUGUCAUAGUCACCAGUGCGGCCAAUGAGCUUUAAAAAAGGGAGAACCGGACAGAGCGAAGAGGCCGGAGCAGCACACGCUCAGGUUCUCGUGAGUGUUAAGUGAAGGAGCUCCAGCGCCAUGUGGCCUCACCCUGCCGCUCUGCUUUGUGGGCUGUCAGCUUCAUACAAGCUGACCUUGGAGGAGAUGACGGUGGAGGGAGAGACGGCUCUGACGCUGGCCGUCCAGGCAGGACUCUUGGAGAACAUGACAGUCCUACUGGAGCACGGAGCAUCACCACACAACACCAACAGCAUGAAUGAGUCUCCACUCCUGCUAGCUGUGAGAAUCGGGUCCCACGAAAUGGUUUCCACCCUACUCAGAAACAACGCCCUUGUGGAUCAGAUCUGCCUGAAGAAGUGGACCGCCAUGCAUGAAGCAGCCAAGGUGGGCUGCAGUGAUAUCAUGAUGCUGUUGAUUAAGAACGGGGCCAACAUCAUGCAAACGAAUGGCCAUGGGGUGAGCCCCCUGGGGGUAGCAGCAGAGUACGGCCAUGCCGAGGUGCUGGAGAUCCUCAUCCACAAAGGUGCUGAUGUGAAUGCGCGGGCCUACAACGGAGAGACUGUUCUGUAUGAUGCUGCUGGGUCAGGGAAUCCAGACUGCAUCAGGCUUCUCGUGCAGUAUGGAGCUGAUCCCGACGCAGCUAGUGUGAGCGGACACCUCCCCAUCCACCGGGCAGCUUACCAGGGACACUACCUGGCUCUACAGAUCCUGAUUCAAAUAACCUCUAGAUUCGCUAUUAUGGACUGCGGCCAGAGUCCUGUUCAUUCAGCAGCAGAUGGAGGCCAUGUGCAGUGUCUUCAGCUGCUCAUUGAGAAUGGUUUCAACGUCAACACGCUCCUGGAAAAACAUGUCUCAGAGAACUAUGGGGACAUGAGGAGAAGUCCACUGUACUUUGCCGUCUCUAACGGGGACGUUACCUGCAUUGAGAUGCUGCUCAAUGCUGGCGCAGAAUCUGACCAUGACCCCCUGCGCUGCCUCUUAGUGGCUGUCCGGGCUGGGAGGUAUGAGAUUGUGAAGCUGCUCCUAGCCAAUCAGGCGGACGUGAACUGCUACUUCACGGUGGUCAGCAACACAGUUUUCCCCACGGCCCUGCAGUACUGCCUGAGGGAUGAGAUGAUGAUGCGUUUGCUCCUGAACAAUGGCUACGACGCCUACAGGUGCUUCUGCUGUAACCAUGAUAACAGCUGGGAUAUGUACAUUCCCUGGAGCUAUGUCUCGUCCUAUCAGAUAUACCGCUCCAACGACAAAAUGCCUUUCUGUGACUUCAUCAGCUCAGCCUCGCUGAAGGACGUGGCAGGAAAAGUGGUCAGGAUUCUUGUGGACUACGUCAGUCAUGUGACCAUCUGCUCAAAACUGAAACUGUUCCUGGAAAAGCAGAGGGAGUGGCCUGAAAUCUGUGACAUACUGGGGAACCCGCGAUCGCUGAAGCACCUAUGCAGACUGCAGAUCCGUGAGCAGAUGACCAUGACGAGGCUGUGUGAUCCCAGCAUCAUGAACGCUGCCCCAUUUCCACCCAGACUCAAGCACUACCUGCUGUACAAUGAGUAUGAUCUCUACAGCAGAAUCUCCAGCUCAAACACAUGAAACUUGCACAAAAAACUAAGCUAAAUAUGAAGCCUGCACUGCAUGUUGACCUAGACUGCACAGUUUAUUACUAGCAAAAUUAUAGCAAUAUUUUUUAAUGUUUCUUGAUUUUAAGCAGCCCUUUUUGCUUCCUUAUUUCUGUAUGAGAAAUUUUACUUUCAGUUUUACUGAAACCCAGCUAGGUGGAUUGGGAGGAUGACGAAUGUGAAUUUUAAGUUAUGUUUUGUUUCAGACAGAAAUAACAAACCCAGCCCUGGUUCCUCUAGCUUCUUUUGUUAUCAGUCAUCAGCUCAUUUAAAUCUCUUGCACCCACUUUUGGUUCAGAAAUUAAAGACUUCAAAGCUCACAAGGUUCAGAAUAUGCAUACAAGAUAGCAAAGGAUGUAUCCUAAUUUUGAUAUUUUUGUCCGAUAUCAUGAAUAUAUUCUUUGGCUCCUCCCAACCAAAUUCCCCCUCCCUUUUGGGCUGAGAGCUCAAUAACAGGUACAGAAUUUGGGGGAUUCUCAACUCUGGGGUAGUAAAAAGCAUUAAGUGCUUCAUUAAAAGCCACCUCUAUACUGUAAUAGAUUGCAGCAUGGUCUGAGUGGGCAACAUGGGCCCCAUGAAAGCAUAUGCAGGACCCCAAACCAGACCAACCCUGCCCUGUGUCAUUGCCAAAACCACACACCCCCACCCCGAAAUCCUUAUGGCCCAUUCAACGAUUUAAUAACUAUGAUUAUUUUAUUGAUUUUACCUUCAUAGCUUGGUAGCUUUGGUAUAUACUUCAUGUAUAUACAUACUCUAUAUUACAGACUAAGAGCUAUGAAAGUGUGUUUAUCACUGAUAAAACAUACAUUGUGUCCCAUUAACAUUUUGCAUGACAGUCCAGGGCAGAACUGAUUUGGAUAGCGAGCGUGAAUUAUAUCAGCUUUCUCUAAGUUCAAGUUAAUUUUCUGACAAAGCAGCAGUUUCAUGAGGAGAUAAUGAUGAGUUAGGAAACACGUUUUAUUAUAUAAUUAUUUCUUGGAAUAGCAAGCUAAUUUAAGUAAUCUUUCUGUAGCUAUAGAAUUAGAAGUGAUCGAUUCAUUUGCAUCACAUGGAGACGAAGUUUGGAUACAGUAACGUAAAUAAACUGAUCUUUUGCUGAGAAAACCUGA